AUGGAUCUCGCCGGCUUCGUCUCUUGCUCCUCAUCGUCUUCCUCAUCGUCGUCUUCUUCUGCUGCUUCUUUUUCUUCUUCUACUACUACUCAUUACCAUCGUCUUCGGCUUCAUCGUCAGCGCCAUCUUCUACUCCAGUCUCCCCUCCGUCUGGGAUCUACCGCCCCCGACUUCACGGCCAUCACCACCAAGGGCGAGAUCAACUUCCACGAGUUCAUCGGUGACAACUAUGUCAUCCUCUUCUCUCACCCUGAUGACUUCACCCCUACUUGCACCACUGAGCUGGGUGCCUUUGCCAAACUAGAGCCCGAGUUCACCAAGCGUGGUGUCAAGCUCAUUGGCCUGUCUGCCAACGGCAUCGGCUCGCACCAUGAAUGGAUCAAGGACAUCGACGAGGUCAACAGCUGCAGCCUCCAGUUCCCCAUCAUUGCAGAUGCGGACCGCAAGGUCUCCUACCUCUACGACAUGAUCGACUACCAGGACACCACCAACGUCGACGAGAAGGGUCAGUCCUUUGAUAUACCCCUGCUGCAGGAGUGCAACAUGAUGCUAACUAGUUGUCCAAUCUAUACAGGAAUGGCCAUGACCAUCCGCUCUGUCUUCAUCAUUGACCCAAAGAAGAAGAUCCGUCUGAUUAUGAGCUACCCAGCCACGACCGGCCGCAACACUGCCGAGGUCCUGCGCUGCGUCGACGCCCUGCAGACCACUGACAGGAACACCGUCAACACCGCCAUCAACUGGCAGAAGGGCGACGACGUCAUUGUCCCUCCGUUCGUCAGCACUGAUGAUGCCUCCAAGAAGUUUGGCCAGGUUAGAGAAGUCAAGCCGUGA